UUCCAAGUGGGACACGCUUAACAUUUUUUUUUGCCAAUUUGCCAUUAAUUCCAAGCGUCUCAGCUGUUCCGAAAAAUUCGCAACCCAAUUAAAUGUGUUUAACUAGGCGUUUGUCGCAAUCCGUGGAUUUUAAAGGCUCUUAAGCGACUAAGGAAGCUUAGAACCCCGCUCUGUUGCAAAGAUUGCACCAAAAUCAGCGCCAGCGUCAGCAAAAGUUUCAUUAGCAACUUGGUUAUCAGCUGCGGAAACGAACUAUAGAGUUGGUCAAUCCACUAGACAAAGGGCAGAAACCAUAGAAACUAGUUGCCAUGGCGAGUCCAAGGACGCGACGAGUGCUCCAGGAACUGAAGCCUCAGGAUGAGAACUCGAAAUGUUUUGAGUGCGGAACCCACAAUCCCCAGUGGGUUUCCGUUACCUACGGCAUCUGGAUUUGCCUGGAGUGUUCCGGCAAACAUCGUAGUUUGGGCGUUCACCUGUCCUUCGUGAGAUCCGUUACCAUGGACAAGUGGAAGGACAUCGAGCUGGAGAAAAUGAAGGCAGGAGGCAAUCGCAAUGCCCGAGAGUUCCUAGAGGAUCAGGCCGACUGGAACGAACGGGCUCCAAUCACCCAACGGUACAAUUCCAAGGCUGCGGCUCUUUACCGGGAUAAGAUAGCCACUUUGGCCCAGGGCAAAAGCUGGGAUUUCAAAGAAGCCGAAGCCCGAGUGGGCAGCACCAAUAGCUACAGCGGAGGCGGUGGUUCCAGCAGCAGUAGCUCCCAGUCGCGACCCAGUGCAACAGGUUAUGGCGGAAAUGGAGGCUAUCAAAAUGGAGGAGGCGGCGACACUGGAGGCUAUCAGCAGUACCAAACGCAGGAAUUUAAGGACCAGAAGGAGGAGUUCUUCAACAGACGCCAAACGGAGAAUGCUUCGCGGCCAGAACACUUGCCACCGAGUCAGGGCGGAAAGUAUGCAGGUUUCGGGUUCACACGCGAACCCCCACCAAAAACGCAAUCUCAGGAACUGUUCGACUCAACGCUGUCCACUUUGGCCUCCGGCUGGAGCCUUUUCUCAACCAACGCCUCCAAGUUGGCCAGCACCGCCAAGGAAAAGGCCGUUACCACAGUCAAUUUGGCCUCAACGAAGAUUAAAGAAGGAACUUUGCUAGAUUCCGUACAAAGCGGAGUUACCGAUGUAGCCAGCAAGGUCACCGAUAUGGGCAAGCGAGGCUGGAACAAUUUGGCGGGCAGCAACAUCUCGUCGCCACAGGGCGGCUACAACGAUCCCAACUUUGAAGACAGCGCCUAUCAGCGCUCUAAUUCGGUGGGCGGAAACCUGACCGGAGGAUUGGGACAACAGAGCGGCGUUAGCGACAGCGACUGGGGCGGCUGGCAGGAUACCGCCAACAACAAGUCGCAUUUGACCAGCUCCAGUUCUUACCACAAUCAGUUGAGUAGCAGCAGCGGCAACGCAACUGCAGGCCUCACCCGCGAUGCCGAUUGGUCUGGUUUCGAGUCGUCCAAUUACCAGAGUGCGGAGACAUCCUAUCAGAACGCUCCGUCCGGCGGUUCAACGGCCCGGCGCAAUAUGAAGUUGCAGGACACUUCGCAAAAACUGAGCGAGGGUUUCGAAAACCUGGAUGUAAAGAAUGUAAAGUCCAAGCCAAUGACAACCUCUUCGACGGGUAACAAAGCCAGCGCCGAGGACGAUGCCUGGGACCUGUUGAUGAACUAGAAUCCGAACCGAGCCCAUGCGAUUGUAUUUUGUAUUCCAUUCAGUUUGUUGUGUCUCCUUUGUUAUGUGUCUUGAUGUCUGGCCGAGGCUGUUGUGCGCGCAUUUAAUGUAACUAACUGAAUAUGUAUUCCCCAAAACUACCGGCAUGCUCCAAUUUCAAACAUAAAGUGCAACUAUUCCCUUUUAUUUCCACAGUUUAGACCAAUUUUGUAUAGAUCUACUUAACGAAUUACUUAGCUUAAAAUAUAUACCAGGAUUCGGAGGAAUGCGAAAUGAGAAAAUACAUAUUAUGUUAACAAGUGUAAA